UUCUCCCUGGAUUUUUUCAAUGCAAUCAUACAAAGAGAGGCACCAGUGCUUUAUUCGAUUCUCAACAGUCUAACGAAUAUCAACUCUACACCCACAAGAUCACCAAAGACAAUCCUAUCAUUAAUAGUCAGUAUGAUCCUCAACCUCCGUUCUCGCACCUGCAACUACAUACAGAUGAUGAUGGGCUUAUUUUUGUUCAGUACUGGGACUCAGCGUAAGGUGAUCGAAGUACUCUCUGCCGCUGGCUUCUCUGUGUCUUACGCCUCUAUCCUCAACGGCCUUAAUUCAUUGACCGAGGGUGCGAUGAAAAAGGUACAAUCGGUGGUGAAGGACAAGUCAUGGUUCCUCCUGUAUGAUAACAUUAACUUUGCGAGCCAGAAAUACGACCAGCGGGCCACCAACAGAGACAGUUUUGAGAACGGGACAACUGCAACUAUUGUUGAAUGCCCCGACAUUAACGUGGGGCCGGUAGUUAACGACCCAUAUCGGCUUCUCACUCUCAAUAGCUUGGUGCCUACAGCGGGGAACCAACGCCAUUUCGAAGAUUCCUAUCGGUUUCACGUUAAAGGGAUACUCCAGAGGUAUCUCAGCCGCUUUGAGGGUUGCUCAAACCCUGCCCCAAUUAGCAAUCGGAUAGCGACUACCAAAACUGCAACGUACCCAUUACCGGCGAUGAAAAUUGAUGAAUCUACGAUUGAAGGCAACAAAUCAAUCAUUGACACUGUCAUGCACAAAAAACUUUGCAUACAGACGGAGUGGUUCCGGGACAAUUACCAGAUCAUCAUUGCUGGAGAUCUGUUCACUGUAUCGAGGAUUCGAUCGCUAAAGAGAUACUCUAGGGAUGAAGUUUCGCC